GAUAAUAUUUCAGCUCAUCAUUGCCAUUAUUAUGGUAUCAUUUGUUUAUACUUUAAUCAGAUUUUAUCGAUUUUUUAGAUGGUUUGAAUAUGAAAUAUAUGAACAUUUGAAACGGAUUCCGGAUGCAAAUUUUUCCUGGUGGAAAAUUAUUCGUGAAUUUUUAUUAUCAAAAGAUCCAUACUAUAAUUUUUUUUGCAUAAUUAAUCGUCUGGCCGAUAAAUAUGAAUCAGUAGGGAUUUUUCGUUUUCUACCAAAACCUGCAACACAUAUCAUUGUAACGGAUCCAGUGAUUGCAAGAAAAAUAUUGACUAGUGGUGAUUUCCUUGAUAAAUCAAUGCAAUAUCAAUUAUUUCGUUUCUUAAUUCUGGAUAAUUUAUUCAGUUGUAAUCGAGAUACAUUACGACAACAUAAACGUGAAAUGUCACCACAUUUUCGGAUGGAAUCAUUGAAUUUUUAUUUUUCAAAUGUUGAAAAAUAUCUAAAACUUUUGAAUGAAAAUAUUGAUAAAUGUAUCGAUGAUGGUGAUGGCCGAUUCAAGGAUGCUAAACCUAUUGUCGCUAGUUUCAUUGCCGAUACUAUAGGCGUCAAUUUCUUCAACAUCGAAUUCAAUUCGAUUGGUUCCUGUUUCAAAGUAGCAGAUUGUGUUGAUGUAGUUGAUGAAACCAUUCAUGUGGCUUCGAAAUCGUUGGCUAAUCUUGCAAUUUACUUUACUCAUAAUAGAAAUUUAUUUUUAUCAUUGAUUUCGCGUAGACUCACUGAUGUUUGUCAUCGCUUAAACUCCGCAGUUCUUCAGAUUAUUACGAAUCGAAUCAAAGAAAACGUGAAAACUGAAAAUUGUCAACCUGUUAGUAAUGCUACUACUACUACACUAUUAGAUACGCUUAUUCGAACAAGAUUAAAUGAUGGAAAUGUAUCUAAAAUUGAAGAAAUUCGCGCCCAUAUAAAUUUAAUUCUAAUAGCCGGAUAUGAUACGACGAAAACAACAUUAACAUGGUGUUUAUAUCAACUUGGACAUCAUCAACAGAUUCAAGAACGUUUAUAUAAUGAAAUUCGGCAAUUUCUCAAUGAAUUGGAUGAUAAUAAUGAAAAGAUUACUAUAAUGAAUAUGAAACGAUUGAAAUUCCUUGAAUGUUGUAUAUUAGAAACAUUACGACUAUAUCCACCGGGUUUAAUAAUUGGACGUUGUGGCCGUCGACCAUUGCUAUUGGCCAACGGUAUGUGCAUACCGGCUGGUGUUAAUGUUCUUUUCAAUCUCUGGAAAAUGGGCCGUAAUCCAAAAUAUUUUAAACAACCGGAUAUGUUUAAUCCGGAAAGAUUUUUAACCGAUACGGAAACCGAUCAUCAUAUAUCAAUACGUGCAGCUUUUUUACCAUUUAGUGCUGGUAUUCGUUCUUGUAUUGGCAAAGAAUAUGCAAUGAUGCAAAUGCGUCUAUUUCUCAUCAACAUUAUUGGACGAUAUAUGAUCCAAUCAUUGGAUAAUUAUGGUGAUACCAUACCAGAAAUAAAUAUGAUUCAUCCAGCCGCACAAUUUCCAAUACAAUUUCAACGAAGAAAUUGAAUCAUUUUUUUUAUUAUAAUGUAACACGAAAUAUUAAUUUUCAUAAUCAAAUCAACAAUUUUAUAAC